AUGGCUUCUCUGUUGUUCGUACUUUUAUCUUGGAUUCAUUGUAAAUUUUAUGUCACAUCACAAACACAUUAUCUACAACAGUUAAUAGGAAAAGUUUUGGAUGAAAGUUUAAAGAAGGAAAGUAUUCAACAAGAAACUGUCAAAAAAUGGAAAUUUCUCCACACUUAUUCUUCUCCAAUUUUUAACCCACAUUUGAAUACUUUUCUUGGUCAAUCAAACAAGUGCUCAAGAUACUUCUUCGACGAACCUGCCACUUCGAUGAUAAAUCUAAAAGUAAUGAAGAAAUUUCUUUUCAAUCAUGCUUAA